CUCAGAAUGUUUACAAUCGCCCACUAGUUUGUGUAGUUUGCUCCACGAACGCUUUCUUCCCAAACCUGUCAGAUAUACAACCGACUUUUUUCCCUCGUGUCUUCGAAUUUUGGGGCAGUUUGGAUCCGAAAUAGACUUGCCGCCUGGGUCAUUGCCGGGUUCCAAUUUUAGCGAAACUCUAGUCGUUGCAAGUCGACCGGCAAGUGGAUUUUCGAUUGGGGACGUACGUACGUCGCUGAGAAGCCCGUGGGUAGAGCAAGCAGUCUGAGUGUUUACAGUGGUGAUGAGCAGUCUUGAAGGGAAGUCGGGGGGUAUGGGCGCUUUUCUUGGAUGACUAAUGCUUGGGUUAAAAUCUCCAACUAAAGCGGGAAGUAACAAAACGAUUGACUUUAGGAUUUGGCUUUUGCUAGAAAGCGUCGUGGAGUAAAGCCUUGUUUUGGAUAAAGGGGAAGACCACAGUGAAAGGAACUGGUAAACGUGAAACAAGAAAAGGAAGGAACAGUAGACCUACUUGGUUAGAGAAGGUCCACAUACUUAGCUUCUUAGCGACAGCCUAGGAGUGACGCGCGACUUUUGUCUUGUGCUGUAGGGAGUGAAAAUGGUACUCCCAAACCAAGAUGGCGUACCGAUUUGAUCCGGAGACAGGGCGUUACCGUGGCAACGUGGGACUCUAUCAAAGCAACGACGACGAGUACGACAGCGAUAAAAGCCAUCCGGACGACGAGUAUUACUUCGUGGAGGAAGGGUCGUCCGGUGAGGAGGGAGAAAGUACUUCACAUCGGAAUUCCGAGUAUCAGAGUCCCGGGUACAGAAGAUCGCUCCAUCUUCCGCGGGAUAUACCGGAAUAUCAGCCCAGGUUAUCCGGAGAGUGGAACCGACGCAAGUACGAUCGCGAUCGUUACCUAACCACAGCCAUUGAUCUUAGCAAGAUGUCGGCUGCGGCUUCGGCCAGCAAUGCCUCGCAAAGUGGAGGAGGGAACAAAUUGGCACAGGAAAUUAGUGACGAGUUCCUGACGUGCAAAAUCUGCCUCGAGGGCUUCACUAGCCCAAAGUCCCUGGACUGCUUGCAUACGUUCUGUGAGAACUGUAUUGAAAAUCAUGUGAUGUCAGAAUGCACGUACAAAAAGUACAGCGAUUAUCGCGAGUUCACGUGCCCUCUGUGCCGGAAGCGCACACAGGUGCCGCUAGGGGGCGUCAAGAAACUACCCGACAACUUCCUGUUGUCAAGUCUUUCCGAAAUGGUUCAACGACAGAAACCUUCCAAGUUUCCCUUCUGUGAUAUAUGCAAGCUGGUAAAUCGCAAACACAGAGAGGCCUCGUCGAAAUGUUUGGACUGUAGCAAACUCCUGUGCAAGCAAUGCGUGGAACUCCACAGGGAAACCAAGGUCACAAAAGGUCACAGUUUGUUCGACGUCGAAAUCGAAAAGGACAUUGAGUGUAAAGAGCACCAAGAAGAGGUGGUACGAUUCUAUUGCGAACCUUGUGAGACCUGCAUUUGUGUGCUAUGCACAUUCAAUGAGCAUAAGGACCACGAGAUUACUCAGUUUUCAGAAGCCGUCUGCAAAUACAAGGAAAGCAUCCAGUGUCUUCUGGACAAUUGCAAAUCCAAGAUACAGGUUUUUGACAGCCAACUGUCGACGAUCAGCAAAGUGGACACGAUGAUCAAGCAAGCCGAACAGAAGAUACGCGACAUUGCCAUCGAGUUCAUCUCCGAGAUUCGCGCCAAGGAGAAGCAAUUGGUCGAAGAGGUGCACAAAAUGUACGGCGACGAGAUGAUGAGCUACAUCACGAUGCGACCAGAGAUGCAGAUCAAUCUAGACAGUCUGAAGAGUACGUGCAAUCUGACCGAGCUUGUACUCAAAGGGAAGGAUAUCGAACUGUUGUUGUUGAAAAAGCAGGUGCAAGAGAAGUUGUCGCACCUGUACGAGGUAGAACUGAAGGACUUGCCGCCUUCCAUCACGAAAGAAGUUGUCUUCGUCCCGGGCAGUCUUCAAUUGGGCACGUUACAGGAUGCCGAUAGUUCCUCCUCCCGAGGCAAAGCUGGCCGGUCCGUCUCCUUCGUGGACGGUGUGAGGCAAGACAAGUUCGAGACCCGCUGCUGGGACUCGCAGCGACCCACGUCAAACGUCUCCACUCAGACGGAGACGGAGUCCAGCGGAUCCUCAAAAGGUAACGCAGAUGUGUCCUUCACGUUUUGUGCCCCUGGUAAACAUGACGACAAAUCAAUCGAAACCGAGUCUGUGCCUACCGUCGAGAAAGCAGUUAAUACUCGCUCAAGAAGUCUGCAUAGCCUCACGAAUCAACUCAGAAAGUCUCCUUCCAGAGACGGCGCCCCGGAAGAGACUCCUGACCCCAAUUCGGCCAUAGCCAGACGUCACAGGCGCAGGCGCGAGAGGCAACGUCCGGUCGAGGUAUCUGUCCGCCCAACAACCUACCAUGCCAGCGAAACUGCGGCGCCCAUCCUCACCUAUAGCAGUAGCAUUGAUGAACCUUUCUACAGCGCCGAUAGCAACAACAGCAACGCCUCUCCGCCUUGAAUCCUCCACCCGUUUGAUUGCCCCUCUUUAUCCUCAUUCUCCAUAAUUUAUAGUUCCACGUAGCAUUUCCUUUCCACCUCUUUGUUCUUCUCCGAGUUUGUGUGUGAUCAUUUUUGUUUCGCCCUUGACCAUGGAUUAUUUGCGGUGGCCCUGGAAUCAUUAUUGGCCUGGAGCCAUUGUGAGAGAUCACAAUAAUAUCAUAUCACACGGGUUACUGAAGCCGCGGUUAAGUUAUAUUUUUAAGAUAUAGACGAAAGACUGGCUCUUCUAGGUGUGGGUUUUGCGAUGAGAUUUAGCCAAUGGAAGCCAGUGUCAGUCUGAUCAGAUUUAACUAUUUUAAAAUAAGCAACCGCGAAUGCGGAACCUUUUCGUAAACUGCAUCCCGCGUUGUUCAUGUUCCCUUUACUUCUUUACCGAGGAUCCCUGAUCCUUCAAACUUCAGUCCUCUCUUGUCCAUCACAAUUUUUCCCCUGUGCUUAUUUUUUUCUAUACCUUGUGGUUUCUUUACAGGAUGGCGAUUUCUAUGAGUCCGCUCGGAUCCCCGUGUGAAAAUCUAUGGUUCUAAGUUAAUGCCCCCCACUGUAGUCGACCUCCCCCUAAUUGUCCUGUGUCGGUCCUGUGGGACCCACCGUGUAGUCUGGAUGCUAGCUCUUGUUCAGCUAUAAACUCUCUUCUCUCGAACAGCCAGAGCUGCUGUGAAACACUUUAUUGCUGCUAUGCUCCUUGUUCACCACUUGUUUAUUACGUUAUAUAAGUGCGCAGUCUCACUCGAUGUAUUGGAAUGUUACACAUAUGUGUUGAAUUUUAUCUAUAAUUCUCCAUAAUGCAUUUAAGCUUUCGCAUACCAAAAUGUUUUCGUCUGCUGGAAUGGACGAGUAGGUUUGUGAGGUUUGUGUAACAGCCAGCUGCGUUUAGUGUGUUUUGUGAAGUGCAAAAGAAAACAUAACGAUGUGUCGUGAAGAUGCUUUCCAUGCAAACAAAAUUUCGUGCAAAAUACUGUUUCACGAAAAGCCAGGCAUUUCAUGUGGAUAUCUUCCAAGCAGUCGACAUGAACGUCAUCCAAAUCAACGCGCCUCUUGAAGACAGUGUAUGGACACACUGGGAAAGGCGUUCUUUCCCAGCCAAAGUUCCUGAACUGGAAAAAAACUGGACAGUUUUCUGCUGGAAUUAUACGGCAGAUAGCUUUACCGAGGACCAAGCUUGUGUAUUACUUGACAUAUAUCAAACUUGGAUGUUCCUAGACGUUGUGAGUGCAGUGUUGUCUCCCUUGGUGACGUUCUCUAUGCCAGCCUGACUAGACCUGCGAGACAAACCCCAAAACCCGAUCUCAAACUAUGCUGACCUAAGUUUAUCUGCAAGUGACACGUCAAAUUUGCUUCCCGGGAUUCCUUGUACAAGAAGCAGAAGUUUAACGAGCUUCCAAUAACAAACAAGCACACAUGAACUGUGCGCAACGCUUGCAGAGAGACGGUGAUUUUCAUUGGUUCAUGCUUACCACUGAAUAUCGAAUGUAAUUUGAAGAUUACCACAUUUUGUCGAUACGUAAAUGCAUUGGGUAUUGGGUCCGUGUCAGGAUGGUUGGAUUGUCAUUUUUGUUCUCAGUUUAUUUCUCUUCACUUAAAAAUAAGGAGACUUUGCGCCACAGAUUUUUUUUAAUGAGCAAUAUCUUCACGACAUUAAAGCCCUUCACCGCAAAUCUGUACGAAGAUUUACAUCUUCAUAAUCAUGCACUAAUGGUUUUGUAGGAAAAUGAAUUUUUUUUAUGUCUCCAGGAGAUUAAAGCAUGGACAAAAUAAUUCUUUUGGGCUGUGUGGCCAUGGUUUCGUUUUCGCUUUUUCGCUUUUCUUUGAACCAUGUAACUGAAUAGCCUAAUUGUUUUCUCCGCACCAUAAUUCUUCAUAUGCAUGGGUAUAUUUACGAUCGAUCACUUUUUUAUGCAAACACAUAGAUAAAGUAGAUCAAGAACAAAUGUCGACAGCACUAUAGAAAAACAUUAUCUGUUAUAACCUUCAAGAUAUUGUAUACAUAUAUACAGUUUUGGUUUAUUUUGUUCACCAACAAUAAUUUUAAUUUUAAACUGUCGUUUAAAGCAUUGUUUGCCUAAGAAAUGGACAGCGUCUUUAUCACAAGUAUUUGACACAUUACGCGAUGUAUAGAACGGUUCUUUUAGGUAGCCUACUCUGCAGUGGUGACAGUUGGUAAGGUCAGUUUAAGUGUCAGAGUGAUAGCCAAAGGGAUUGUAUAAAGAUGAGCAUUGGGCAUGUUUUAUGGCUGUAACAAUAUCAGUUCACAUCCGGACUGAAGUACAAAUAAUAAUACUAGUAAUAAUAGUACCGUUGAACGACUUGUUGCCUGUAGAAGUGACGAAUCAUGUAUUGUCUAUUGUUGACAGAUAUGAUUAGUCGGCUUUCAUGAACGAAAAACAUUUUCAGGAAGUAAGUUGUGGGUAAAAUUCAAGAAGAUUUCUUUAACGAUUAGCAUUUUAACAAAGAUUUAUAUUAAAUUAGCCCGCCGAAGAAUUGUGUUUGCACGUUAACACAGUGUAUAAUUUGUCCGUUUGCCCUUCCAUGCCGUCCAGAGUUGUAGCUUAUGAGCAGGUGUUAACCCUAAGUAUUAAAGCAAUAUACAGUAAAGCCAGAGUAAGAUAUAUUUAUAUGGAGUGGAAUGUGGUCAGAGUUUCUGCUAUGAACGGGUAAGAAAAUAAGUGCUCGGUGUGGAGUUUAGAAGUUCUUUGGGUUGUUUUCGUAUAGUUAUAAUAUGAAAGAGAAUAGAAGUAUAGGUAAUGCAUUGUACGUGUAUUAACUGUGUAGUGUAUAUAAAGGUUUGACGUUCAAAGCCGAGCGAAAAACAUUUACGUUCACAUACAGAAAGUCUUUUUUCACACAUAGUACCCCAGAUACCAGUUAUUGUGAUAUACAAAUGCAAGAGUUUGUUAAAGAUGAAGAUUUGUCCUUAAAUGAAUAUGUAAAUUGUCUUUGGUACAUGCAGGCAGACAUUGGUCUGAUCGUGUUGAAAUCAUUUACAGCGGCAUAUUCAAGUUUGCUGAAUUGACAUAAGAUAAAAGCCUUGUUCUAACCACGAAAUAUUCUUUGUGGAAAGGGGAAAUAGGGUUGUUGAAAACUGAAAACUAUCUAAUAGUCAAACAUUAUCGAAAUUUUUACAUUCUGUCGAUUUCUUGUCACUUGCAACUGUUCUCUAACGACUUUGUUAAGGCUUAAUGCGGGUGUUCUUCAUUAACUAAAGCUAGGCGUAAGCCAGUUAGCCAUGCGCGGUUAUUACAGAAUUGUAACGCUAUUACAUAUGUCCUCAUGUGUUAUGUAACCCGUGACGUAAUAGCUGGUUUUUCUAUGCACUACAUUAUGACCUAUGCAAACUCUAGAGAUAAUUAUUUCCAUUAUUACAUGAGGUUGUACAAAUUUAGGACAUUUUAUUGUUGUAGAACUUUGAUCUCUGAAUAAAAUCUAUUACAGAUAGACUGAA